AUGAGACCUGGGGGCAAACUUAGGACAGGUAUGGAAAGUGACUUAAAGCACUUCAUUGUCUUGGGGCCUGGUGAUGGGAGGCUAAGUGGUGGAGAUGGGUGGAGAGCCAUAGGCAAGGGGGAGGAUGCAUGGCGAAGCCUGCAGGUGGAGGUGGCGGAACAGCAGAGGAAGGUGUCGGUGAAGGCUUUUAGAAGGCUACCAGGACACACCAUCCUUCCUCAAGUGGGCCUCCAGUGGUUUGUUGAUGAUAAGGUGCUGCAGCAACUCUGUGAUGCUGCUUGGGGUGGCCUUGGGGCCUCACCACACAAAGGAGGGGACUCUGGUCUAGACACCAGCUUCACCAUUCCUAAAGAGGACAGAGAGCAGCUGCUAACCAAAGCUCAGAGGAACAAGUACAAGUAUCACCCACUUAGGAAAGCCUCCCGCACACUUUCAGAAGUCGACAGACUGAAGGAAGAGAAGGAGGCCAAGCGAGCACAUUUGGAUGGGAGACAUGACUACUUAUUUGCAAUCAUAGCUUCCUGCUUGGACUUGAGCAAAACUGAUGUGGAGGAUGCCAUCCUUGAAGGGAACCAGAUUGAAAGAAUUGAUCAACUUUUUGCUGUUGGAGGUCUCCGCCAUCUCAUGUUUUACUAUCAGGACGUGGAGGCAGCAGAAACAGGACAAUUUGAUUCUCCAGGAGGGAUAAGUCUUGUUUCUGGAAAGAUGAAAAAACCCAAGGUGUUUGUGACCGAAGGAAAAGAUGUGGCUCUGACAGGAGCCUGUGUGUUCUUCAUCAGGACUGACCCCGCCAGAGCCAUAACCGUUGAGAACAUCCAUCGGGAAGUGAGCUUCAACAUGCUAGACACGGCUGAUGGAGGCUUACUGAAUAGCAUGAAGCGUCUGCUGUCGGAUAUCUUCAUCCCAGCUCUCAGGGCAAACAGCCAUGGCUGGGGUGAGCUUGCAGGUCUCCAGGAAGCACCCAGCCUUCAGCAAGAGUUCUUGAGCAACCUGGAAGGCUUUGUGAACAUCCUGUCAGGUGCACAGGAAAGUCUGAAGGAAAGAGUGAACCUUCAAAAAUGUGAUGUAUUUGAACUGAAAACCCUGAAGGAACCUGUAGACUACUUGACUCUGGCUAAUAACCCUGAGACUUUGGAAAAAAUAGAGAGUUGUAUGAAAGUAUGGAUCAAACAGGCAGAACAGGUCCUUGCUGAGAACAAUCAGUUGCGGAAGGAGGCAGAUGACCUGGGGCCCCGAGCAGAGCUGGAACACUGGAAAAAAAGACUGUCCAAGUUUAACUACCUUUUGGAUCAGCUGAAGAGCCCUGACGUGAAGGCUGCACUGGCCGUGCUUGCUGCUGCGAAGUCAAAACUUCUGAAGAUUUGGAGGGAGACUGACAUUCGAAUCACUGAUGCAGCCAAUGAAGCAAAGGACAAUGUGAAAUACUUGUACACACUUGAAAAAUGUUGCGACCCUUUGUACAGCAGUGAUCCUAUAUCCAUGAUUGAUGCUAUUCCUACACUUAUAAAUGCAAUUAAAAUGAUCUACAGUAUCUCUCAUUACUAUAACACCUCUGAGAGGAUCACGUCUCUGUUUGUAAAGGUGACCAACCAGAUGAUAUCUGCAUGUAAAGCCUAUAUUACCAACAAUGGAACUGCUUCCAUCUGGAGCCAGCCACAGGAUGUUGUUGUGGAGAAAAUACUCUCUGCAGUUAAACUUAAGCAGGAAUAUCAGCACUACUUUCACAAGACAAAACAAAAACUUAAACAGGAUCCACAUGAAAAACAAUUUGAAUUUAGUGAGAUGUAUAUUUUUGGGAAAUUUGAAACAUUCCACCGACGCCUUGCUAAGAUAAUGGAUAUCUUUACUACCUUCAAGACAUACUCAGUCCUGCAAGAUUCCAAAAUUGAAGGGCUGGAAGACAUGGUCACUAAAUACCAGAGCAUCGUGUUGACCAUAAAGAAAAAGGAAUACGAUUUCUUAGACCAGCGGAAACUAGAUUUUGACCGGGAUUAUGAAGAAUUUUGCAAGCAGACUAAUGACCUUCAUAAUGAGUUGCAGAAGUUCAUGGAUGUUACAUUUGAAAAGAUUCAAAAUACAAAUCAAGCUCUGACUAUGUUAAAGAAAUUCGAAAGAUUGAAUAUACCUAAUCUUGGUAUUGAUGAAAAAUACCAACUUGUCCUCAAGAACUAUGGGGCUGACAUUGAUAUGAUUUCAAAGAUGUACACAAAGCAGAAAUAUGAUCCUCCUUUGGCUCGAGACCAGCCCCCCAUCGCUGGGAAGAUUUUGUGGGCUCGGCAGCUCUUUUACAGGAUUCAGCAGCCCAUGCAGCGGUUCCAGGAGCACCCAGCUGUGCUGGGGACAGUGGAAGCCAAGCCUGUGAUUCGCAGUUACAACAGGAUGGCCAAGGUGCUGCUGGAGUUCGAGGUCCUCUACCACAGGGCGUGGCUUCAUCAAAUUGGAGAGAUUCACAUAGGUCUUGAAGCUUCUUUACUGGUAAAGGCCCCAAGCACAGGGGAAUUGUUCGUAAACUUUGAUCCUCAGUUGUUAACCUUGUUUAGAGAAACAGAGUGCAUGUCACAGAUGGGUCUGGAAGUUUCACCAUUUGCAGCUGCCCUCUUCCAGAAACGGGAUAUAUACAAAAAGAACUUCAGUAACAUGAAGGCCUACCUAACCAAAAGGGUAGCAUUUGAACAGUUAUUUGGUGGAAACACAAAGGCCUUGAGGCUAAGGACCAGCAAGAUGACAAUAGGGCAGAAGCAGGAAGAAAGGGAAAGAAUUGCUGAAUGGGAUGAGAUCAGAGAAGGAAUGGGGACUAGGUUGGAGGACCUGGAGUUGCUGCUUGACAGGGUCAAUGAUUUGAUUGAGUUCCGCAUUGAUGCCAUUCUGGAAGAAAUGUGUGGCCUGCCUCUUUGUCAACUACCCCAAGAGGAGCCACUUACCUGUGAAGAGUUUCUCCAAAUGACAAAGGAUCUUUGUGUAAAAGGUGCUCAGAUUCUACAUUUUAAAAGUUCAUUAGUGGAGGAAGCUGUCAAUGAGCUAAUAGAUAUGUUGCUGGAUGUGGAAGUUUCAUCUAAAGAAAGUGAGAAAGUACUCAAUGAGAAUAGUGUUGAUUCAAAACUCGCAAGUUCAGCUAAAAGAGAAGAAGAAAAUUUUGAUACUUUGACAUCUUCUUUUAAUGCCGGGACUGGUUUCCUGCCUUUGACAAUGAUAGCAAGAAAGAAGAAAGAGAUUGAGAUGUUAGAGGAGGAAGCCUGCGAAAUGCUCUCUCAUUUCAAUCAUCAAAACAUAGAUGCGCUUCUGAAAGUUACAAGGAAUACACUAGAAGCCAUUCGCAAACGUAUCCAGUCCUCCCACACAAUUAACUUCCGGGACAGUAACAGUGCAUCUAAGAUGAAGCAGAGCAGUCUGCCCAUUUUCCGGGCGAACGUCACUCUGGUCAUUCCCAACAUCACCAUGGUCCCUGUUCUGGAAGACAUACAGCAGGCACUGAACAAAGCUGUGGAGUGCAUCAUCAAUGUCCCCAAGGGGGUCAGACAGUGGGGCACUGAGCUGUUGUAUAAGAAAAAGAUGCAUGAAAGAAACAUGGCUGCUUUAGAGAAUAAUGAAGACAGUGAUUCUGAUGCUGAUAUAGGAGAACAUGAACUUCAAGAUACCUUUGAGAUAGCAUCUGUAAACUUACCUAUUCCUGUGCAAACCAAGAACUAUUAUAAGAAUGUUUCUGAGAACAAAGAGAUUGUAAAAUUAGUCUCUGUGCUUAGCACAAUCAUCAACUCCACCAAAAAGGAAGUUAUUACAUCCAUGGAUUGCUUCAAAUGCUACAAUCACAUUUGGCAAAAAGAGAAAGAAGAAACUAUUAUGACAUUUAUCAUGAAAAACCCCUUACUUUCUGAAUUUGAAUCCCAGAUUCUUUACUUCCAAAACCUACAGCAGGAAAUUAAUGCUGAACCUGAAUAUAUCUGUGUGGGUUCCAUUGCUCUGUACACAGCUGACUUGAAGUUUGCUUUGAGUGCUGAGACAAAGGCCUGGAUGGUUGUCAUUGGCCGCCACUGUCACAAAAAGUACAGAAGUGAGAUGGAAAACAUUUUUACACUUGUUGAAGAAUUCAGUAAGAAACUGAAUCGUCAGAUCAAAGACCUAGAUGACAUUCGGAUUGCCAUGGCUACCCUGAAGGAAAUCAGGGAGCAGCAGAUCCCUAUUGACUUGCAAGUAGGACCCAUUGAGGAGUCUUAUGCCUUGCUUAACAAAUAUGGACUUCUGAUAGCAAAAGAAGAGAUGGACAAAGUUGACACACUGCAUUAUGCUUGGGAGAAGUUGUUGGCCCGGGCCAGCGAAGUUCAGAAUGAACUAGUCUCACUGCAGCCCAGCUUCAGGAAAGAGCUUAUUGGUGCCGUGGAGGUCUUCCUCCAGGACUGCCACCAGUUUUAUCUGGACUAUGAUUCGAAUGGACCAAUGGCUAGCGACUUGAAACCCCAGGAAGCCAGUGACAGACUUCUCAUGUUCCAGAAUCAAUUUGAUAAUAUCUAUCGGAAAUACAUCACCUACACAGGAGGAGAGGAGCUUUUUGGCCUGCCAGUCACACAGUAUCCCCAGCUUCUUGAAAUAAAGAAGCAAUUAAAUCUUCUGCAGAAAAUAUACUCCUUGUACAACAAUGUCAUAGAGACCGUGAAUAGUUACCAUGAUAUCCUUUGGUCAGAAGUGAACAUUGAAAAAAUCAACAACGAACUCCUAGAAUUUCAGAACAGGUGUCGGAAGCUGCCCCGGGCCUUGAAGGACUGGCAGGCUUUUUUGGACCUGAAGAAAACCAUUGAUGAUUUCAGCGAGUGCUGCCCACUGCUGGAGUACAUGUCCAGUAAAGCCAUGAUGGAGAGACACUGGGAGAGGAUAGCCACUCUCACUGGGCACAGUCUAGAUGUGGGGAAUGAAACCUUCAAGUUGAGAAAUAUCAUGGAGGCACCUCUUCUGAAAUACAAGGAGGAAAUAGAGGACAUCUGUAUCAGUGCAGUGAAAGAGAGAGACAUUGAACAAAAGCUCAAGCAAGUAAUUAAUGAGUGGGACAACAAAACAUUCGCAUUUGGCAGCUUUAAAACCCGUGGAGAACUCCUCUUGCGAGGAGAUAGUACAUCGGAAAUCAUCGCCAACAUGGAGGACAGCUUGAUGUUGCUGGGGUCUCUCCUGAGCAAUAGGUACAACAUGCCAUUCAAAGCCCAGAUUCAAAAGUGGGUGCAGUAUCUUUCCAACUCUACAGACAUCAUCGAGAACUGGAUGAUGGUGCAGAACUUGUGGAUUUAUUUAGAAGCUGUCUUUGUGGGAGGAGACAUUGCCAAGCAACUGCCUAAGGAGGCCAAGCGCUUUUCCAAUAUAGAUAAAUCCUGGGUGAAGAUCAUGACGCGGGCACAUGAAAUGCCAAACGUGGUUCAGUGUUGCGUUGGAGAUGAGACCAUGGGGCAGCUCUUACCACACUUGCUGGACCAGUUGGAAAUAUGCCAGAAAUCCCUUACUGGAUACUUGGAGAAAAAACGGCUUUGCUUUCCUCGGUUCUUCUUUGUUUCGGAUCCUGCCCUUCUGGAGAUUCUGGGGCAGGCGUCUGACUCCCACACCAUACAAGCCCAUUUGCUGAAUGUGUUUGACAAUAUUAAAACUGUCAAGUUCCAUGAAAAGAUCUAUGAUCGAAUUCUGUCAAUUUCCUCUCGAGAGGGUGAGACAAUUGAAUUGGCUAAACCUGUGAUGGCAGAAGGCAAUGUGGAAGUUUGGCUUAAUUCUCUCCUGGAGGAAUCUCAGUCCUCAUUACAUCUUGUGAUUCGCCAGGCAGCUGCAAAUAUUCAAGAAACAGGUUUCCAACUGAUUGAAUUUCUUUCUUCUUUCCCUGCUCAGGUGGGAUUAUUAGGAAUUCAAAUGAUAUGGACACGGGAUUCAGAAGAAGCCCUUAGAAAUGCCAAGUUGGAUAAAAAAGUCAUGCAGAAAACCAACCAGUCUUUCCUGGAGCUUCUAAACACACUGAUAGCCAUCACAACGAAGGACUUGACUUCUGUGGAGCGGGUGAAAUAUGAGACUUUGAUUACCAUUCACGUGCACCAAAGAGAUAUCUUCGAUGACCUGUGUCACAUGCAUAUCAAGAGCCCUAUGGACUUUGAGUGGCUGAAGCAGUGCAGAUUUUAUUUUAAUGAAGAUUCUGACAAGAUGAUGAUUCACAUCACAGAUGUGGCUUUCAUAUACCAGAAUGAAUUUCUAGGCUGCACUGACAGGCUUGUCAUAACUCCACUCACAGACAGGUGUUAUAUCACAUUGGCACAAGCUCUGGGGAUGAGCAUGGGAGGAGCCCCUGCAGGACCUGCAGGAACAGGCAAAACGGAAACCACCAAAGAUAUGGGGCGAUGUCUUGGGAAGUACGUCGUGGUUUUCAAUUGUUCAGAUCAGAUGGAUUUCCGAGGGCUUGGACGGAUUUUUAAAGGACUGGCACAGUCUGGAUCCUGGGGUUGUUUUGAUGAGUUUAACCGUAUCGAUCUACCAGUUCUUUCGGUUGCAGCCCAGCAAAUUUCCAUUAUUUUGACAUGUAAAAAGGAGCGUAAAAAAUCUUUCAUUUUUACUGAUGGAGAUAAUGUGACUAUGAACCCUGAGUUUGGGCUUUUUCUCACCAUGAAUCCUGGCUAUGCCGGGCGGCAGGAACUUCCUGAAAACUUGAAGAUUAACUUCCGCUCGGUGGCCAUGAUGGUCCCUGACCGUCAGAUUAUCAUAAGGGUGAAGCUGGCGAGCUGUGGUUUCAUUGACAACAUUGUUUUGGCCAGGAAGUUUUUCACACUCUACAAGCUGUGCGAGGAGCAGCUUUCUAAGCAGGUACACUAUGACUUUGGUCUGCGUAACAUUCUGUCAGUUCUGCGGACGUUGGGUGCCUCUAAACGAGCCAACCCUACAGAUACGGAAUCGACGAUUGUCAUGCGUGUGCUGCGAGAUAUGAAUCUUUCCAAACUGAUUGAUGAGGACGAGCCCUUAUUUUUGAGUUUGAUUGAAGAUCUCUUCCCAAAUAUUCUCCUGGACAAGGCAGGCUACCCUGAAUUGGAAUCAGCAAUUAGUAGACAGGUUGAAGAAGCUGGUUUAAUCGACCAUCCCCCUUGGAAACUGAAAGUCAUCCAGCUAUUCGAAACACAGAGGGUGAGGCAUGGAAUGAUGACCCUGGGGCCCAGUGGAGCAGGGAAAACCACAUGCAUCCACACCUUGAUGAGAGCCAUGACAGAUUGUGGAAAACCACACCGGGAAAUGAGGAUGAAUCCCAAAGCAAUUACUGCCCCACAGAUGUUUGGUCGGCUUGAUGUGGCCACAAAUGAUUGGACUGAUGGGAUAUUUUCUACCCUUUGGAGGAAAACAUUGAGAGCUAAGAAAGGGGACCAUAUCUGGAUAGUCCUUGAUGGUCCAGUUGAUGCUAUCUGGAUUGAAAACCUGAACUCGGUUUUGGAUGAUAACAAAACUCUGACUCUUGCCAAUGGUGAUCGGAUUCCCAUGGCUCCAAACUGCAAGAUUGUUUUCGAACCGCAUAACAUCGACAAUGCUUCUCCUGCUACUGUCUCAAGAAAUGGAAUGGUUUUUAUGAGUUCAUCUAUCCUUGACUGGAGUCCUAUUCUUGAGGGUUUUCUUAAGAAACGAUCACCUCAAGAAGCUGAAGUUCUUCGCCAGCUCUACACCCAGUCUUUCCCAGACCUGUUCCGCUUCAGUGUUCAGAAUUUAGAAUACAAGAUGGAGGUGCUCGAGGCCUUUGUCAUCACGCAAAGCAUAAACAUGCUUCAAGGCCUGAUCCCUCCCAAGGAGCAAGGCGUGGAGCCUGGGCCGGAGCACUUGGGGAGGCUGUACGUCUUCGCCCUCAUGUGGAGCAUCGGGGCGGCGCUGGAGCUGGAUGGCAGGCAGCGGCUGGAACACUGGCUGCGCUCCCGGCCCGCGGGCAUGCUGGACCUGCCAACCACAGCUGGCUCCCAGGACUCUGCCUUCGACUACUACGUGGGCCCCGAUGGUAAUUGGAUGCACUGGAACACCUGUACCCAGGAAUAUGUGUAUCCAGCUACUACCAUCCCAGACUAUGGCUCUAUCCUGGUGCCGAAUGUGGACAAUGUGAGGACUGACUUUCUGAUUAGAACCAUCGCUAAGCAGGGCAAGGCUGUUCUGUUAAUUGGUGAACAAGGAACAGCCAAGACGGUUAUAAUCAAAGGAUUUAUGUCAAAAUACGACCCUGAAAGUCACGUAAUCAAGAGUAUGAACUUUUCUUCUGCAACCACCCCACUGAUGUUUCAGAGGACUAUAGAGAGCUAUGUGGAUAAACGCAUGGGCACAACAUAUGGCCCUCCUGCAGGAAAGAAGAUGACCAUUUUUAUUGAUGAUGUGAACAUGCCAAUAAUCAAUGAAUGGGGAGAUCAGGUUACUAAUGAGAUAGUACGGCAGCUGAUGGAGCACAGUGGAUUCUAUAACCUAGAGAAGCCUGGAGAAUUUUCCAGCAUUGUGGAUGUCCAGUUUUUGGCAGCCAUGAUUCACCCUGGGGGUGGACGCAAUGACAUCCCCCAAAGACUCAAGAGGCAGUUUUCCAUAUUCAACUGCACGUUGCCCUCUGACGCUUCCAUGGACAAGAUCUUUGGUGUGAUUGGGGUAGGCUACUACUGCAUCCAGAGAGGUUUCUCAGAGGAAGUGAGAGAUUCAGUGAGAAAAUUGGUGCCCCUGACACGUCGCCUAUGGCAGAUGACCAAGAUUAAAAUGCUCCCUACCCCUGCAAAAUUCCAUUAUGUGUUUAACCUUCGAGAUAUUUCUAGGAUCUGGCAGGGCAUGCUAAACACUACAUCAGAGGUCAUCAAGGAGCCAGAUGAACUGCUGAAGCUGUGGAAGCACGAAUGUAAACGUGUCAUAGCUGAUCGUUUCACGGUGUCCGAUGAUGUGACCUGGUUUGAUAAGGCUUUAGUAAGUCUUGUAGAGGAGGAGUUUGGUGAAGAUAAAAAACUCUUGGUGGAUUGUGGAACUGAUGCUUAUUUUGUGGAUUUCUUGAGAGAUGCACCUGAAGCUACAGGUGAACCAUCCGAGGAGGCUGAUGCUGACAUGCCCAAAAUUUACGAGCCCAUUGAAUCUUUUAAUCAUCUAAAGGAGCGUUUAAACAUGUUCCUGCAGCUUUAUAACGAGAGCGUCCGCGGUGCCGGCAUGGACCUCGUGUUCUUUGCAGAUGCGAUGGUUCACUUAGUCAAGAUCUCUCGCAUCAUUCGUACUCCUCGAGGAAAUGCCCUCCUGGUCGGAGUGGGUGGAUCAGGAAAGCAGAGCCUGACAAGGUUGGCUUCAUUCAUUGCUGGCUACACUUCCUUCCAGAUCACUCUGACAAGAUCCUACAACACAUCCAAUCUGAUGGAAGAUCUAAAGGUUUUGUAUAGAACAGCCGGUCAGCAAGGAAAAGGAAUCACUUUUGUUUUCACAGAUAAUGAGAUUAAAGAUGAGUCAUUUUUGGAAUAUAUGAACAACGUUUUAUCAUCGGGUGAGGUCUCUAACCUAUUUGCUCGUGAUGAAAUUGAUGAAAUUAUUAGUGACCUGAUGUCAGUCAUGAAAAAAGAAUACCCCCGGCGCCCUCCCACCAACGAGAACCUCUACGACUACUUUAUGGGCCGCGUCCGGCAGCACCUUCACACUGUGCUCUGCUUUUCACCCGUCGGGGAGAAAUUUCGAAAUCGCGCUUUGAAGUUCCCCGCCCUUAUUUCUGGAUGCACUAUUGACUGGUUCAGCCGAUGGCCUAAGGACGCCUUAGUUGCUGUGUCUGAGCACUUCCUCUCUUCCUAUGAGAUUGACUGCAGUUUGGAAACCAAGGAGAAGGUGGUUCAGUGCAUGGGCUCCUUCCAGGAUGGGGUCGCUGAAAAGUGUGUUGAUUAUUUCCAGAGAUUCCGACGUUCCACCCACGUGACACCCAAAUCGUACCUUUCCUUUAUUCAGGGUUAUAAGUUCAUCUAUGGUGAAAAGCAUGAGGAAGUACAGACACUGGCCAACAGAAUGAAUACUGGCUUGGAAAAGCUAAAAGAAGCUUCAGAAUCUGUUGCUGCUCUGAGCAAAGAACUGGAGGUAAAAGAAAAGGAACUGCAAGUGGCCAACGAUAAGGCGGACACGGUCCUGAAAGAAGUGACCAUGAAAGCACAGGCUGCUGAAAAGGUCAAGGCUGAAGUGCAGAAGGUGAAGGACAAAGCUGAGGCCAUUGUAGACAGCAUCUCUAAAGAUAAAGCCAUUGCUGAAGAGAAACUAGAGGCUGCAAAACCAGCAUUAGAAGAAGCAGAGGCAGCCUUGCAGACCAUCAAGCCUUCUGACAUUGCGACUGUCCGCACGCUGGGGCGACCCCCUCACCUCAUCAUGCGGAUCAUGGAUUGUGUGCUGUUGCUGUUUCAAAGAAAAGUCAAUGCAGUGAAAAUUGACCUGGAAAAAAGCUGUACCAUCCCAUCCUGGCAGGAGUCCUUAAAACUGAUGACAGCAGGGAACUUUUUACAGAACUUACAGCAAUUCCCCAAAGACACAAUCAACGAAGAGGUGAUAGAGUUUUUAAAUCCUUACUUUGAAAUGGCUGACUAUAACAUCGAAACUGCUAAACGUGUGUGUGGGAAUGUCGCUGGUCUUUGUUCCUGGACAAAAGCCAUGGCUUCCUUCUUCUCUAUAAACAAAGAGGUGCUGCCCCUAAAGGCUAACUUGGUGGUGCAGGAGAAUCGCUAUGUCCUGGCCAUGCAGGAUCUGCAGAAGGCCCAGGCCGAGCUGGACGACAAGCAAGCAGAGCUUGAUGUGGUACAGGCCGAGUAUGAACAGGCCAUGACGGAAAAGCAGACCUUGCUUGAAGAUGCUGAGCGGUGCAGACACAAGAUGCAGACGGCUUCCACGCUCAUUAGUGGCUUGGCAGGUGAAAAAGAGAGAUGGACUGAGCAAAGCAAAGAGUUCGCUGCACAAACAAAAAGACUUGUGGGGGAUGUAUUGUUGGCUACAGCUUUCCUAUCUUAUUCUGGUCCAUUUAACCAAGAGUUUCGUGAUCUGCUAUUAAAUGAUUGGAAGAAAGAAAUGAAAGCCCGGAAAAUCCCAUUUGGAAACAACAUAAAUCUCAAUGAAAUGUUGAUCGAUGCUCCCACUAUUAGUGAAUGGAACCUCCAAGGUUUGCCAAAUGAUGACCUGUCCAUUCAGAAUGGCAUUAUUGUCACAAAGGCAUCUCGCUAUCCUUUGCUCAUUGAUCCACAGACUCAAGGCAAACUCUGGAUUAAGAAUAAAGAAAGCCACAAUGAACUCCAGAUCACAUCCCUAAAUCACAAGUACUUUAGAAAUCACCUGGAAGACAGCCUUUCUCUUGGGAGGCCGUUGCUUAUUGAAGAUGUUGGAGAGGAACUAGAUCCAGCUUUGGAUAAUGUUUUGGAAAGAAACUUCAUUAAAACUGGGUCUACCUUUAAGGUGAAAGUUGGUGACAAAGAAGUAGAUGUCAUGGAUGGCUUCAGACUCUACAUUACGACGAAGCUGCCCAAUCCUGCUUACACCCCUGAAGUAAGUGCCCACACCUCCAUCAUUGACUUCACGGUCACCAUGAAAGGUCUAGAAGACCAGUUACUGGGGAGAGUCAUUCUCACAGAGAAGCAGGAAUUGGAGAAAGAAAGAACUCAUCUUAUGGAAGACGUAACUGCAAACAAAAGGAGGAUGAAGGAGCUGGAAGAUAAUUUGCUUUGCCGCCUGACGAGUACUCAGGGGUCUCUGGUAGAAGAUGAGAGUCUCAUUGUUGUGCUGAGUAACACAAAAAAGACAGCCGAGGAGGUGACACAGAAGCUGGAAAUUUCUGCUGAGACAGAAAUUCAAAUUAACUCAGCCCGGGAGGAAUACAGACCUGUUGCUACACGGGGCAGCAUCCUCUACUUUCUCAUCACUGAGAUGCGCUUGGUUAAUGAGAUGUAUCAGACAUCGCUCCGCCAGUUUCUGGGCUUGUUUGACCUUUCCUUAGCCAGGUCUGUCAAGAGCCCAAUUACAAGCAAGAGGAUCGCUAAUAUCAUCGAGCACAUGACCUUCGAGGUUUAUAAGUAUGCUGCCCGAGGGUUGUACGAGGAGCACAAAUUCCUGUUCACCUUGCUGCUCACCCUGAAGAUCGACAUGCAGAGGGGCAGAGUCAAGCAUGAAGAGUUCCUCACUCUUAUUAAAGGUGGUGCUUCACUGGACCUCAAAGCUUGCCCUCCUAAACCAGCGAAAUGGAUUCUGGACAUGACAUGGUUGAAUUUGGUGGAACUUAGCAAACUUAGACAGUUUUCAGAUGUCCUUGACCAGAUAUCAAGAAAUGAGAAAAUGUGGAAAAAUUGGUUCGAUAAGGAAAACCCUGAGGAGGAACCUCUUCCAAAUGCUUAUGAUAAAUCUCUUGACUGCUUCCGACGUCUUCUCCUUAUUAGAUCCUGGUGUCCUGACAGAACUAUCGCCCAGGCCCGCAAGUACAUCAUGGACUCUAUGGGAGAGAAUUAUGCAGAAGGAGUUAUCCUGGAUCUGGAAAAGACGUGGGAGGAAUCUGAUCCACGCACGCCACUCAUCUGUCUCCUGUCCAUGGGCUCAGACCCCACGGAUUCCAUCAUCGCCUUAGGGAAGAGACUGAAACUAGAAACCCGCUAUGUGUCCAUGGGCCAGGGUCAGGAGGUCCACGCUCGCAAGCUCUUGCAGCAAACAAUGGCCAAUGGAGGUUGGGCCCUUCUGCAGAACUGCCAUCUGGGACUUGAUUUCAUGGAUGAGCUAAUGGACACAGUUACAGAAACUGAGAUUGUACAUGAUGCUUUCCGCCUGUGGAUGACCACAGAGGUGCACAAGCAGUUUCCCAUCACACUCCUUCAGAUGUCCAUUAGGUUUGCCAACGAGCCUCCACAGGGCCUCCGGGCAGGACUGAAAAGAACAUAUGGCGGGGUGAGCCAAGACCUGCUGGACGUGAGCACCGGGGCGCAGUGGAAGCCCAUGCUCUACGCCGUGGCUUUCUUGCAUUCCACUGUCCAAGAGAGGCGCAAGUUCGGUCCCCUGGGGUGGAAUAUCCCCUAUGAAUUUAAUCAAGCGGACUUUAAUGCCACUGUGCAGUUCAUCCAAAACCACUUAGAUGACAUGGACAUCAAGAAGGGUGUCUCCUGGACCACAGUCCGCUACAUGAUAGGAGAGAUUCAAUAUGGAGGUAGAGUCACUGAUGACUAUGAUAAGAGAUUGUUGAACACUUUUGCUAAGGUUUGGUUCAGUGAAAGCAUGUUUGGACCAGAUUUCAGCUUUUAUCAAGGAUACAAUAUCCCAAAAUGCAGCACAGUGGAGACCUAUCUUCAAUAUAUUCAGAGCCUGCCUGCCUAUGACAGCCCCGAGGUGUUCGGGCUGCACCCCAAUGCUGACAUCACCUAUCAGAGCAAGCUGGCCAAGGAUGUGCUGGACUCUAUCCUGGGCAUCCAGCCCAAGGACAGCUCUGGAGGAGGGGAUGAAACCCGGGAAGCUGUGGUGGCCCGGCUGGCCGAUGACAUGCUGGAGAAACUGCCCCCAGACUAUGGCCCAUUUGAAGUAAAAGAGAGGCUGCAAAAGAUGGGACCAUUCCAGCCAAUGAACAUCUUCCUCAGACAGGAGAUAGAAAGGAUGCAGAGAGUACUCAGCCUUGUCCGCAGCACCCUGACUGAGCUCAAACUUGCUAUUGACGGCACCAUCAUCAUGAGUGAAAAUCUACGCGACGCAUUGGAUUGCAUGUUUGAUGCCAGGAUCCCUGCUUGGUGGAAAAAAGCUUCUUGGGUUUCAAGUACACUGGGUUUCUGGUUUACUGAACUUAUAGAAAGGAACUGCCAGUUCACCUCCUGGGUUUUCAAUGAUCGACCCCACUGCUUUUGGAUGACAGGCUUUUUUAACCCCCAAGGAUUUUUAACUGCAAUGCGACAGGAAAUAACUCGGGCCAACAAAGGCUGGGCUCUGGACAAUAUGGUGCUUUGCAAUGAAGUCACCAAAUGGAUGAAGGAUGACAUUUCUGCCCCUCCCACAGAGGGUGUCUAUGUCUAUGGCUUAUAUCUGGAGGGUGCUGGCUGGGACAAGAGGAAUAUGAGACUCACUGAGUCAAAACCAAAAGUGCUCUUUGAGAUGAUGCCUGUUAUAAGAAUUUAUGCAGAAAACAAUACUGCAAGAGACCCUCGGCUUUACUCCUGUCCCAUCUACAAGAAGCCGGUUCGAACAGACUUGAAUUUCAUUGCUGCUGUGGACCUCAGGACAACACAGUCCCCUGAACACUGGGUGCUCCGUGGGGUCGCUCUCCUCUGUGAUGUCAAGUAAAGUGGGGAGCAAACCCCACCCCAUCCUCUGGGAAGUGCAGGAUCCAAAUGAUGGUGUGUUUCCCCAUGAGGCUCCUGCAAUGAAUGAGCUGAGGGUGUUGUAGCACUCCUUGGUGUGAUGUUUAAUUGCAUUUGACCUGUUUCAUCACUGCUGACCGGCUCUCCGUGUUUGUUGAAAAAGCUAUAUAGUGAUUAAAAGGAAAAUUUACAAUUUCUUAAUGAAGCGUGGCCUUCAAAUCUACAGUAAUGCAUUUUCUUCUUCAAUGGUAAAGGCUGAUUAGGUUAAGCAGACAGUAUUUCCCUUGAAGGGAUUUUCUUCUGUUGACGCGGUUCCAGUAACAGCCGAGUUCUCUGAAGUAACACGGCAAAUUUGUGCUGAUUCUGCUUCUUGCCUUCUGCAUUUAGGUCAGCUUAAGAGUUUUUUCCCAAGGUUUUAAGCAGCCAAUUAAAAAGACCUCUUAAGAAAAAGAAGGAAAUAGAAUGGGUUAAGAAUAUGAAUAGGUAAUUUAUGCAAACCCGUAGAAUAAAUAUAUAGAAUAAUAUUCAGUCCAACUUCUAAGAAAUAAUGAGAUACUAACUGAUAUCUUUUAUAACAAAAAAUUCAGGCAAAAGUGAAUCAGUGUGGUGUCUAUGAGACUAACACCCUCAGAAAUUGCUAGAGCAAUGUAUAUUGCUGGACUUAACCUUUUUUUGUGAAAUAGCAGACCUAUAGAGAAAGAGUCAUACAAUUUUUCAUAUGCUUUGAUAUUCAUUUCUUUACACCAAUGAAACAAUGUAAAAUCAUAUGUAAUACAGAGAAGAACAAAAAUAGGAGAUGCCCUAGUGCUCAGUAGGAACGUUAUGCUUAAGGAAGUUAGGGGUAUUAGGCAGCCGGGAAAAACAAUACUAACAAUCUUAUAAUGUAGAAAUAGUAAAUACUGUACAAUAUUGGUGAUUUCAUAAUGUAGAAAUGGUAAGCACCACGAUACUAGAGAUCUCAUGAUAUGGAAAGAGGAAGCACAUACAACACCGAAGAUCUGAUAAUGGGGAAAUGGUAAAUGCAUGUGGUACUGAAGGCUUCGUGAUAUGGGAAGGGUAAACACACACUGUUAGGUGAAAGAUACCAUUUCAAAAAUAUUGAAUAUGUUGUGUUUAUAACUAAAAUACAUUUACAUAGGAACAAGGAUUAGUUAAUAGCAUGAAAAUAAUAAAACCAGGCUUCAUAGCAUGAUAACGAUUACAGUUAGAAUUGGCUUUUAAAAAUACAGUGAUUGGGAACCAGCAGUUAGCAUAAUGGCUAUGUCGC